AGAGGGAGGGAGGGAGAGAGGGAGGUGGUGAAGUACUGGUUAAAGUCAAACCAGUGUGCUGCCCACGCGCUCGUGCCUGCGCCUGCUCGUUUGCGCUCCAGGCGCAUUGGCAAUGCGAAGAUGUCGGUGAGCUACCUGCUGGAGAGGGACAGCGGCGGCGGCGCGGGAAGCAUGUACGGGAACCCGGUGCGGCACGUCAACCUGAGCGUGGGCCCCCACCAGGGCGUGUACUCCUCGCCCCCUUACUCGGACUACGGCGGCUACCACCACCAUGUCGCCGCGCUCGAGCACCAGCAGAGCGGAUGGAGCCCGGUGUACGGCGCGCCGCACGACGACUGGCCCCUGUACAGCCACGGCUCGGCGCACGGCUACCCGAGCCUGGGCUCCGGCGGCGUGGGCCUGGUGCCCGCCCCGGAGCAAAGGAGCCUGCCGGCCUCCGUGGCUCCAAACCCUGCAGUUCCUCCAGCUGUUAACCCCCAUCUGUCCCCGGUCUCAGAGAGAGAGCAGGCCGAAUGGAUGAGGCGCGCCGGCGGCCCACCUGUAAACCCAGGCGGGAAGACCAGGACGAAAGACAAGUACAGAGUGGUGUACAGUGACCACCAGCGCCUGGAGCUGGAGAAGGAGUUCCACUUCAGCCGUUACAUCACCAUCAGGAGAAAGGCCGAGCUGGCAGUGACUCUGAACCUCUCAGAAAGACAGGUAAAAAUCUGGUUCCAGAACCGACGCGCCAAAGAGAGAAAGAUUAACAGGAAAAAGAUGCAGCAGUCCCAGCAGGCCUCCACCACCACAGCCACCCCACCCGCUGUCGACAUCCACGGGAACAUCGCUAUCGUCGCUAGCGCUAGCAACAGCUUGUUAACGGACACGUUAUCUACCACCAUCAAAGAAGAAUACUAAAAACUGCUGAUAGCAGAGGUGGAACACUUGAAGUGAAUGUUAAACAAAAUGAAUGUUUACACUACACCCCGCCAUCCACGCUCAACUAACCUCUGGUAUCACGACGAACACAAAAAGAAGAUCCACGUAACCGCUACACGAGUUUCAGUGAAUGAAGCACAGUAUUGCUACGGCUUUGUCAGUAAUCAAGACCUCGAUUAAGGAGAAGCGUACGAGCGCGGGAUGUGCAGCUCUUGCUGUUUGUGAAAAGUUUGUAAAAGCUUUAAUUAUUGAUCACACUGUCUUUUUUUUAGAUGAAAACACUGGAGUGUCUGAACUGCUGAUGCCUGAAAUGUUGUUUGAAGUGCAUAAACUUUUUUAUAAUAUUUGAAAUGAGACUGAACUAUGCAGAAGAAGUGAAUAAUCAGAUGCUCAGAUAAUCAGAGCAAUAUUUUCUGCUCUGCUUUCACAUUGAUGAAUGUUACCUAUGAAGAUUUUUGUAUAGAUUAAAAAGGUGUAGAAUUUAUAAGACAUGUUGUCGCUAUCACGCAAAAACCUUGUGCCUUAAUUUUUUUUUUUUUUUUUUUUUACAUUUUCCUCUUUACCACAUAAUGUGUAUCUGGCUGCUGGUCUUUAUGUUGCAUUAGGCCUGUCAUGAUGACCAGGUUUUUGAUGAUAUAGUAAAUCCCAGAAAUAAUUGUGAUAAAGUAUAUUAUUGUAAUUUUUAGAAUUGUUUUGUAAUUUUUUAUUGUAAAAUUGUGAUAAUAAUUUUUACAAGUUUUAUUGUUAUUUUAUGCCACUGAUACAGUAGAAUAAUAAUAAUACAUUUACACAUGGCUUUUAAAGGGCAAUUCACUUUUUAAUUGUUUAGAAUAAUAAGAUAUUGCAAUCGGAAUAUAUAAGUGCUUAAAUAUCCCACGUAAAUAAAACAUCUAUAAUUUAAAACCACUGCUUACAUACAAGUCUACAAACAUGAAGUUAUAUCCAUAUAUUUUGUAUGAUAAGUUGAUAAUGUAAUUAUUGUGACAGGCCUAUAUUGUAUUGCAAAAUUUCACGCUGAAUGGAUCAAUAGAAAUGCUCCGAAAUUACUUGUAUCAAUAAAAUCUAUUUACGUUGA